AUCAGAAGUUUCUGAAAGAACAUGUCAUUUCCGGUUUCCUAUAUUCUUUAAGACUUUUUGCGGAUUUUCCAAACCAAAAUUAAAGACGUGGUUAGCCAUUUCUGGUUUCUUAUAAAGAUUCGAUUUAUCUUGUACUCCUUCCGUUUUUUAAUAUAAGUCGUUUUUGAAUUGUCCACAUAGAUUAAAAAAUCAUUAAUUUUUUAUAUUUUCUAAACAAAAACAUCAUUAAUUAUUUACAUAACCACAAAUCAACCAAUAAAAAAAUAGAAGGUAUAUUAUCACUGGUCAUAUAACAUUAAGUGUUAAUAAAUUUUACAUAGAAAACCGAAAACGUCAUUUAAUUUGGAACAUAAAUUUUUUCUCUAAAACGACUUUUAAAAAAAAAUAGAGGGAGGAUUACACAAGCUAUAAUAAUUUAGUGAGUCUCAAAUUUAUAAUUUUGGUUUAAAUAAUAUAAUAAGUUUUUUUUCUUUAAUUCAGAAAAUAAGCAUGUUUAGUAGUAUUAUUAGAAUUGUAUGAAUUUUCCUUUGGAUAUAUCUCUGUAAUUUUAGUCCUACUAUCUACGCAGCAUUAGCUGGCAACAUUUUCUUCUAAAUUUGCAUUGAAGUUUACUGUUUUUUAUUGGUUGGUUUAAUUGCUUCAACUUGGGAAACAUAUCUUGAGUUAUACAAAUAAUAUCUAAAAUUACAUGAUUAUUAUCUGCCUCAUCCAAUGAUUUCCCGACAACUGUUAAUGAGUAUAUAUAUUCUUUGUGUAACUAUUAUAAUUAUAUUUACUGCAAUUUAGCAUUAAUGAUCCAAAAGAAAGUGAUAAGAUCUGCAUACGUAAUACCAGCCUCAUUACACUAUAUAAACAAGAGCAUUAUCAAGUGCCAACAUAUCUCUAUCAUUCACCAACACAAAAUAAUGCCAAAGGGAAGGAUAAAAAUAGAGCCCAUGACUAAUAGCGCUGCAAUGAACCAAACUUUCAGGAAGAGGAAGAAAGGUUUACUCAAAAAAGCCAACGAGCUGUCGACUCUCUACGGUGUCAAAGUUUGUGCGGUUAUCAACAGCUGCGACAGUACGGAGCCGCCGGAGUUUUGGCCGUCAAAGGAAGGCGCUGAAGCAGUGCACUCAGCGUUUAUGGGUGUUCUGCCGGAGGAACGGUGCAAGAGGAUGUACGACCAGGAGAGGCAUCUGGAGGAGAGGAUCCAGAAAGGACAAGAUAGGGUGAUGAGGCUACACACAGAGAAUAGGGAGAUUGAGCUUACAGAGGUUAUGUUCGAUCUUCUCAAGGGGAAGACGCUGAUGCCGGAUCAGUAUGGUGAUCCAAGUUUUAUGAGAGACCUGAAUCUUUUCAUUGGUGAUUAUGUCAAAAAUAUCAGUCACAGGAUUGAGUUCCUCGAGGCGAAUGGUGAGCCAGUUCCUCCUAAUGUCGCUGCUACAGAUGCAUCUGGUCCUGUUGUUGGUGAUGCGAACCCUUUUGUUGUCGAAACUGAGGGUUUGGUAAGUAACCCUACUGAAGCUUAUGAUCAUAUGCGUCAAUAUGAUGGUAUGGAUAUGAGUGUGAAUGAGCAGGCUCUUGGAGGUUUUAAUGAUCAUGUUCAUCAUCAAGAACCAUUUCAAUAUCAAACUCCUACUAACUUUUAUGAUCAGACUCAGCCUAUGUUUUAUGGUUCGAGUCAGGGUAUGGAUAUGAAUCAUCAAGAACCGUUUCAAUACCAAGGUCCUGCUAACUUUGAUGACCAGACUCAGCCUAUGUUCUAUGGUUCGAGCCAGGAUAAGUACACAGGUUUGAAUCAUGAUCAGGGACAGAGUUCGAAUCAGUAUCCAAAUUCAAACCAAUCGUUCAUGAGUCUUUUGAUGGGACAACCUCAGCAGAUGAGUGAUGUUGAAGAGCCUGCAAGAGUUGCUUCCAUGGGUGACAACAAUAAUGGCUAUCACCAACUACUAGUCACCAGUCAGAUGCCUUCCACCACCACCACCACCACCACCACCACCGCCGCCGCCACCGAUCUUUCUGGUCAUAGAAUCAACAAUGGUUGGCCAACGAGGUUUGGUUUGGACUGAAGUUUUUGCGUUUGCAUUUCUGAAUUUUUAUAUUGUAAUGAUUAAAGGUUUUCGCCUUUAAAUCAGUUAUGCUAUUAUUAUUAUCAGGCAAUAUUGUAUUUGUACCAUAUUGUCCUUGAAUAUUUUAUCGUUUUGAAUAAAAAUUUUUGUUUUUUAUAUCAAAUCAUAAAGAGUAUUUUUUCCUUAAGGCCAUAGAGGAAGAAUGCAACGAGCAUUUCGCAAAAAAAUAUUAUCAGACAAACCAGUAAUCAAGAAAUGUGGCCAUAAACCAUAAAUAUAGAGUUAGGUGACAUGUAAUUGCAUGUCGAUGUAGAAUGCUUAUUUAAGAUACACCAUUAUCUUCCCAAAGCCACAUGUCAUGCAAUAAAUAAUCACUCAGAUUAUCAAGAUAACUGAUGAUAUCCAUUGAAAAAAAAAUCUCCAAUAAUUAUUUAAUGUUUUUCUCGCUAAGCAGAAGCAGAUAUAUAUUACAGAAAAAUAUACAAGUCUUCAAUAAUUUGUUAAUUUUCUCUCACUAAGAAAAAAAAGAUGCAUGCUCAUAUCAAUUGAAAAAAAGUCUUCAGUGAUUCCUUAGUAUUUCUCUCACUGAGCAGAAAGAUAUUCACAUUACAAGACAACUCAUGAACAACCAUGUCUUCACUGUUCCUAACCAAAGCCUUAUCAAGGAUAGAAUCGAUAGAAACAUUUUUAUGAAUCGUGGGACUAGGUGAAAAGUGGUCGUAUCAUUGAGUUGGUGGGGAGGGUCUGUGAAUCUGUGGGUCAAAACACUAUUGAAAUGGUCUGUAUAGCAUUUAUACAAAUUUUGAAAAGCUUCUCUAACGUAAUAGACCAUUUUAAACUCACCAUACGCACUACAAGUAAUAAAACCUAUCAUUUCUAUUGCAAUAAGUAGUUCUCAAGAUAAUGAUACAAUGAAAUAUAAAUAUAGUUUGAGAGAUCAAAUUCUAAUGCAUCUAGGAUAGGUAAUCAAAGCAAAGGUCUUAGAAAGCCCCCCCACCCAAAGAAAUUAAAAAGACUUUCAAAGACUAAGAAUGUUUAAUCAUCACCUAAAGAACUGUUGAAGCCUUUAGCUAGAACAUGAUUUCAGAAAACCAAUGAUUGUUUGCAGAUUCUGCGGUAGUUUUUAGUUUUUGUUUUAAAAAAAACCACUUUUUAGCCAAUCAAAUUUUUGGAGAAAUGGAUUCCCUAUAAUUUAGGGAAACUGGUUUUUGAAACAAAUUGUUAUUUUCUUAAGAAAAGCUAAAACCACCUUUUCCAAGUUUCUACAACAAACAUCACGUUAGAUUUUCAUCUUUUAACUUUUUUAUAAAAUAAUUUCAUUUUCUUAAUCAGCAUUUAAAAAAAUGAAAUUUAUAUACAAGAACAAAGUUCUCGUACAUGUAACUAAAAGAAGUUCAAAAAAUAUUUGUUUCAUAAAAAAAAAUGGAAACUACUAUAAGCAAAUAAUUUUUAGUAAACAUAAUAUUUUUAACAUAUAUAAUAAAAAAUAAUUUAUAUUCAGAAAAAUAUUUUAAAUUUGUCAUGAAAACUAAAUUAAUUAUUUAAGUUUACUUUAUGUAAAAUUUGCAUGUUUUGUUAAUAAUCUAUUAGUAUUAUUUUGUUUAAAGAUGUGAUAUAUUCUCUUAGUAAUUGUAUGUUUCGUAAGGGAAAAUAUUUUAGUUAUAAGUUAAAAAAUUUAAAAAUAAUAGAAAACAAAAAUAAAUCAGUAAUCAAAUUUUAGGAAAACAAAAACUCUAAAGAAAAAAAUAAAAUUCAGAAGCUACUUUUUGUUUUAAUUAAAUUUUGAUUUUUGUUAUUAUUUUUUAUUUCAACUU